UAAGCAAUUUUAUCAUCAAAAUAACUAAUAAUAAUAACGUUUUUUUUUUAAAUUUUUGGUUACACGGAAUGUAACAGUCCUCCUUCCUUAAAUUUGUUUAUCGUCCUCGAUAAACUUAUUUAUGAAGACCUAUUUAUUUGUUUGCAUAAUUUGUAUUAUGCUGACACGGAAGUUUUGAUGUUGCUCAUGAGGCUGCUUCUUCACACGUGCUAAUCUGAUUGCAUCAUUAGUAUUAGUGAUAAGAAUGGAGCAGUCCUGCGACCUAAAUAUGUGUUAUUGUCUUAGUGACAAUUUGACUUAGGUUAGUGACCUGAAAAGCAGAUAAAAUGCCUUUUGAUGAGGUGUACAGUUUGUUUCUUCUGCAUGUUGAUUGGGGAUGGUCAGUAUAUUGCAGCAUCUUCGAGUAGUCAUCAUGAAUCCUGCUCCAUAUAGUUUCGAUGCAUAUAGGAGGAGCGUGAGAAUGCCGACAGUACGCACUUUAAACCAGCUUUUUUGCCUAAUAAGUGAAUUAGGAAGAUUGAUGCAACGAGCUCAAUAUCUCCAGGAGUUUGUGCGUUAUCCGAUUUUACACGCAUCUUUAUCAACAGAGAGGUGCAGAUUUCCAAUUCUUCAUGAUGGUCCAUGUCCAGAUGAACAAUUUAUACGUAAUAAAAGAUUGGCAAAUCGUGAGGAGUUUUUUGAAGUGAUGUCACGCGUUCAAUUAUUAACACAGGAGAUGCAGCGUAUCUUGCGCAGAAUAACUUUACAUCCGGCUCCUCUUCCAACAUUAUCGCCUUCCAGUUUUGGAGGUAAUCCUGAUCGAUUUUGUGUUUGCGGUCGUUAUUUCCAUAUGCAGUUCAAUCCUUAUAGAUGUAGAUGCGGUCAUGAGACAGUGGAUCCUUCAUUUCCGCGUAUUAUGGUUCGCAACGUUGAAGAUGGUAUUCCAACUGUUUGUAUUGAAGAUGCGUAA